UAUCCGUGUUUGGAGUUAUUUUCUCCUGAAAUUGUGUUGUUGAAAAGAGUAUUUGCACACGUUAUUUGUGAUGGAUCGUGGAGGUUAUGGUGGCGGCGGCCAGGGCUUUAAUAAUUUUAAUGUCCCUCCACCAAAUAUGCAGUCCAGCUACAAUCAACCACCUCCAACCCAACGCGGCGGCGGAGAUUACGAUUCCGGUAUUCGUGGUUCCGGCAGCGAUGGCGGCGGCCCCGGCUCAUGGUCCGACAAACGAGGCGGCAGCUCAUAUGGAAAUGGAGGCGCCAACAAGGACAGCUACAGCAAAGGACCCAUGGGCGGCGGCGGUGGGAGCGGCGGCAGCGGUGGUAGUGGCGAUCUGAUAACCCAGGACGAUACCAUAUUUGUCUCUGGCAUGGACACAAAUACCACAGAGCAAGACAUUGAGACGCAUUUCGGUGCCAUUGGCAUCAUCAAGAAGGAUAAGCGUACAAUGAAGCCAAAGAUUUGGCUCUACAAGAACAAGGACACCGGUCUGUCGAAGGGGGAGGCCACUGUCACAUACGAUGAUACCAAUGCUGCUCAGUCCGCCAUUGAAUGGUUUGACGGACGCGUCUUCAAGGGAGCCAAUAUAAAAGUAUCGCUCGCUCAGCGCCAGAGCACCUGGAACAAGGGCGGCGGUGGGCGCGGCGGUUUCGGUGGUCGUCCACGUGGGGGUGGCGGCGGCGGCGGUGGUGGGGGACGCUUCGAUCGCGGUGGCGGAGGCGGCGGCGGGGGUGGAGGCGGUCGCUUUGAUCGCGGCGGUGGUGGCGGCGGCGGUGGUGGAGGCGGUGCCGGUGGCAAUGUUCAGCCCCGUGAUGGCGAUUGGAAGUGCAACAAUUGCAACAACACCAACUUCGCCUGGCGCAACGAAUGCAACCGCUGCAAGACACCCAAGGGCGGCGAAGAUGGCGGCGGUUCCGGGGGCAACAGCGGGGGAUAUGGCGGCGGUGGGGGCGGAUACGGUGGCAUGAAUGACCGUAACGAUCGUGGCAUGAAUGACCGUGGAGGCGAUCGCUCUGGCGGCGGCGGCGGCGGAUACAACAAUAGAGACCGUGGCGGCAACUCGGGCGGUGGCGGCCGCUAUUCAAACGAGAAUGGCCGUGAUGGCGGUGGACGUGGAGGCGGAGGGCGUGGUGGUGGUGGCGGCGCCAAUCGCCGAGAUGGCGGCGGUGCUAUGCGAAACGACGGCGGCAUGCGUUCCAGGCCAUACUAACGACCUGUUUGGUAACCCUAUGUUUUUUUUCAGAUUUACGUAUUAAUCGUAGCGAAAAGUAAACCCUAUCAAACGUGUACCCUUGAAUGUACCCCAGUCAAAGCAAAAGAUACAAAUGCGCAGCCACAUCCAACCAUUUUAUCUGAUUUCUCGCCACCCCCAAAAACCCCAAACACACACACACACACACACACGCCACUCUACUCCGCACACCCCACCCUACCCUCUUUUAUCUCUCGUUUUGACUUUUAGACUAUACAUAUAUAUGUAAUCUAAUUUAACAAACACUAUUUGUAAUAUUGAAACAAAAACAAAGUAUAAACUUACAUAUA